AUAGGGCGGCCCGCGCAUGCGCGCCGGCGGCUGCCGCUGACCCUCCGCCUACACAGCUUCGUUUUCUGGUUGCCGAAGUCACCUGGGGUCCGAGUCCGGGUCCCGGUCCAGGCAGUCCAGCUCGUUUUCUUAUUGCACAGUGGGCAGGGCGGCUAGGGAGUGUGGUGCUGCCCCGGUAUCCCUGUGUGGGGCAGGAAGUGGGCUUCCAGAUUCCCAGUAUCCCCGUAGGAUCCGCUUCUGCUCGCUCAGGAAGGGCGGUGGCCGUCUCAUUACUCAACCCUCAACGCACUGGUCCUCCCAGUUCCCUCCCCUCAGUGGGUAAACAAACACACCAGCGCGUGACUCGACAGACUCGAAAACAACAUCUCAGAAAAGUUUUCUUUCCUAUCUCCUUAAACUUUCCCACUUCCACAUAUUGGAGCUUCUUCCCACCUCGGCCUACUCAAGCAUGAGAUCGGAGGCGGGGGGGCGGCGACUGGCGGCGCGAUGGACCUGACCGGGCUCCUGCUGGACGAAGAAGGCAGCUUCUCCCUCGCCGGCUUCCAGGACUUCACCUUCCUCCCAGGACACCAGAAGCUGAGUGCCCGGAUCCGAAGGAGGCUGUACUAUGGCUGGGACUGGGAAGCCGACUGUAGCCUGGAGGAGCUCUCCAGCCCGGUGGCAGACAUUGCUGUGGAACUGCUCCAGAAGGCAGCCCCCAGCCCUAUUCGCCGACUCCAGAAGAAAUACGUAGCUCAUGUGUCCCGGGAGGCAUGCAUCUCCCCAUGUGCUAUGAUGCUGGCUCUGGUGUACAUUGAACGGCUCCGGCACCGAAACCCAGACUACCUGCAGCAUGUGUCAUCCUCUGACUUGUUCCUGAUCUCCAUGAUGGUGGCCAGUAAGUACCUCUAUGAUGAAGGGGAGGAGGAGGAGGUCUUCAAUGACGAAUGGGGAACUGCUGGGGGUGUGGCCGUGUCCACUCUCAAUGCCUUGGAGAGGGGCUUCCUGAGUGCCAUGGAUUGGCAUCUCUACACUGACCCUCGGGAGAUCUUUGAGGUGCUGAGCUGGUUGGAGAGCUGUGUGGCUGAGCAGCAGGGACGGCGGCGAGGCUGGUACACCUACACAGACCUGUGUGUGCUGCUGGAGCAGCCGACCUGGCAGUUGGCCCUGGGCUCCCUCUGCCAGCGGCUGGUAAAGCUGUCCUGCCUGUUAGCUGUGGCAUAUGUGAGCAGUGUGGCCCUGGCUGUGGCAUCGGUGGCCGUAAUACAUCAGUCCUUGGGGCUGUCCUGCGCCCCUACACCUGGGCCGCCUGACCUUGGACUGACCUCCCGUUGCCUCCUGGAGCCCUGCAUACCUUCUGUGCCACAAUGCCUGCCGUCUCCCGCUAAUGUCUCCAGCUGCCUGGAAGGCAGCAUAGGGCUGCGGUCACUCUGGGGCAGUCUUCUGGCCUCACUAACUCCUCCACCAUUGCCUCCCCCAGACCCCCCUGCCCCUCCCACUCUUCUUCAUAACUGCCACCUUUGCCAGAAGCUCCAGAGAGACUCCCCAACCUGCCAUGCCUGCCACCGCCUCAACCAUACAGUCCCCACUGUGCUGUCCAGCCCCUGGUACCAUACCUAUGGCCUGGCUCCCCGCUGGCCUUGGAGCCCGGUGCCCCCUUCACUUCCUCAGCCUCAGCAGUGUUCCCUUUUCAGUGUCAUGGAGCUGGCUCGCCUCAAGUCUUUCAUUUUUCCAGGCUAGGUAGGGCUGCGAGGAAUGCAUUAAGAGGGUUUGGGAGUUUCUGAGAACCUGGAGGAGCAAAGCUUGAUUUAGAUCCUGUCUGCCUCUUUGGGUCCUUGGCAGGUCCCCUGUCCUCCUGGGUAGGAGCUUAUGGGGUGGUGGGGCAGCAGGACUGAAGGUCAUUCACUCCUAGAUCUCAGUGGCUGGCUGCUUGGCCAGGACAGUGAUGCCACCAGGGAGAACUUCCGCUUGGUGACCAGGGACAUGUCCCAGAUGGACGUAGGAGAGGCCCCUCUCUGCCUCCCUGGGAUUUUCUUGACUUUUACUUUUGAUUUCCCUAGGAUGGAAGAGUAUAGGUGGGAGAUAAGGGAAGUGGGGUGAGAGGAGAAAGGAAAUGUUGGCAUGGGCCUGUGUGAUGUCCCUGAGGCAGAAGAGCCAGGGACUGAUGGGGUCAGGUGGGAGCUGCUGGGUAAGGCAGGGAACCCUCUUCACUCCCAUUCCUUAGCUUUAGUCUAAUGGAGCCAAGGACUGCUGGGACCUUCAACCCUGACCUUUUGUCUUCCAGUCUUCUCUUAAUGUCCUGCUCCUAGGUUUCCCUCUCUUCUGGUUCUUCUCCCGGGUAUUCUCUUCCCAGGCCUCUCUGGCCACUGCUUUGUAUCAGGGUUUUUCAUGCUUUUGUAGAACUGAGGUUUCAAUAAACAGUUUCAGUUGCA